ACAAAUCGAUGAACACGUCAAACAUGAAGUAAAAAUAAAUAGUAUAGAAAGAGUACAAUUUUCGCUUUACACAAGAUUUACCUUGUGAUUGCAAAUGAAAACGAAUCUCUAGUUUAGGAGAGAGCACUACACAAUGUAAUACUUAGGACUGUACCGAAAACUAAUUGCAAACACAACUUCAAGUAACUCUAGGCUUUGAGGUGUCUUAAAGUAAUAGCAAAAGAUGGGACGAAAUAUUCUCGCGAGUAGUUUGCAAAAUGCAUCCUUCAGUAUCAUAUUUCAGAUUUUUUGCAGAUGCAUUACCUUUGCAAUCAAUGCCUUCAUUGUGAGGAGUGUUGGGCGAGAGGUACUGGGGAUAACCAAUGUUCGAUUGCUUUUACUGGAAAGUACAUUGUUGUUCCUAUCCAAAGAGGCUAUUAUCCGUGCCGCAUUAAGUUCACGGCACAACAAACAAUGCACUUGGGCACAAUUGAUUAAUCAACUCUGGAUCACGGUUCCGAUAUGCUUCGUCCUAGCGAUGCCAUGCUUGUAUAUUUGGUUGAAUUGGCUAUCGACUGUGGAUGAACACUAUUACGUGCAGUAUCGUUUCGGUUGUUUUGCAAUAGCAUUUGCUUGCGUUAUCGAACUUACGGCCGAAUCACCGAUCUUCGUUUCUCAAGUCUUCUGCUUCGUGAAGCUUAAGGUUGUGAUGGACACCGGACAUAUCUUCAUCCGUUCGCUUGUUUUUAUAGUGCUGGUUUUGUGGAACAAAAGCAUUACGAUUUACGCAUUCGGGAUAGCACAAAUUAUAAGCGCAAUAACAAUUAUAGUUGGGAACUAUGCGUUCUUCCACUUGUACAUACCACGUCUGAUGCAAUAUCGGAAGGAGAUGAAACGGGUCGAUGAUAAGUAUGAGUUGCGGAAAACGUUCGGAAACUACUACGAAAAUAUGGAAGACUUCCCAUUUACAUCUAUAAGAGAAAUGAUGCCUGGAGUUUUGCCGAAUUCGAAUUCCGCCUUCAAUACAGAUCUACAAAAGCUAGUUCUAAGCUUUGCCAAGCAAGGCGUCCUGAAGCAGGUUCUGACCGAAGGUGAAAAAUAUGUGAUGUCGGUUAGUCCCGUAUUGACCUUUAGUGAGCAGGCAACCUACGAUGUUGUAAACAAUAUGGGCAGCCUGGCUGCUCGAUUUAUCUUCCGGCCGAUAGAGGAUAGCAGUUACUUCUAUUUCACUCAAACAAUAGCCCGGGAUGUGAAGCUGCUGGACCAGAACCGCGCGAAAGUAAACGAAGCCUGCCAAGUGCUAUCGUAUGUAUGCAAAACGGUAACCUCGAUCGGAUUAGUUGGGUUUGUUUUCGGCCAAAGCUAUUCUGGCACCCUGCUGUUGCUUUACGGUGGAUCUGAAUUUGUGGAAGGAGGCCUACCGGAGCUGUUGUUGCAAUGGCACUGUUUGGCAAUUGUGCUACUGGCUGUGAACGGCGUUACCGAGGGAUACAUGUUUGCAACAAAUACUUCCAAGCAGAUUGACACCUACAACUACUACAUGGCAUUCUUCUCAGUAGCGUUUCUUCUACUUUCCUAUCAGCUAACGAACUGGUUUGGUCCUGUCGGAUUCGUGUUGGCUAACAUUUGCAACAUGAGCUUCCGGAUAAGUUACAGCUUGUAUUAUAUUCAAAACCAUUAUAGGGUCAUAGGACGUGAUCCAUUGUUUAGCUUUCUACCGGGACCACUUUUCCUCACUGUAUUAGCAAUAGGCGGUUUUAUUUGUAAGCUUUCUGAGUCUUAUUUUUUCGGCCGAUCGAUCUUCUACCAUAUCCUGAUCGGAAUGUUGUGCACCAGUGUAACUUUGCUAACGUGGAGUUUUGAAAAUCGAGAGCUUCUACGAACCGGCCUGGCUAAAUACAAGGAAAGAAAACUGAGUUUGACGAACGAUUCGAAUUUAAUUAACUGACGCAGUUAAUUUGACCACCUUAGUUGAAAUACCUAGAAAAGCGUUUGUGUGAUAUACCAAAGAAGACAACUGCACCAUUCUUAUUUUGGUUUGAUCCAAUUUGCGUGCAAUGCAGCAUUUUUUUAAGUUAUUGUUUAAAAAGUCUCUCCAAUCCAGUGCUGGAAAUAAAGCAAGCUAGUUCGUGUACCUAA